UGCUUACCGUGCAUCAUACCCAUCUUAGACACCCUCAACUGAGUUUGGUUUUUAUUCGACAAAACAGUGGACAACCUUCCAACUGCAACGAUGAAGACACUUGCCGCAAUUGUUACCGUAGCAGUGCUGGCCAGUGCCGUGAUGGCAGUCAGUGAGCAUGUGAACAUUGAGGAACCUCUCAGUCGUCCUGGUGGAGGAGGAGGAGGAGGAGGAGGAGGUAGCGGUGGAAGUGGCGGUAACCGACCGGGUGGUGGUGGUAGUAGUGGCGGAGGCAGUCGUCCACCUCCACCAGUAGCCCCUACGCCGGACAGUGGAAACUCGAGUGAAGACGACAGCAGCGACUCCAAGGAAGACGCCUACGUAAACCCCUGCAAAGGCUUGCUGAUCGGUAUUUUGGAGCAUCCGAGCAGUUGCUACAAGUACAUCAGCUGCUACAAGGAGGUGGCCACCGAGGAAACCUGCCCGCCCGAUACGAUCUUCGAUCUGGACGAGAUUACCUGCGUGCCGGGCAAUCAGCGCACCUGCCGGAAGGAGGGUGACGCUUACCCGCUCCCGACCGACAUGUGCCGGGGCAUAGUGCUGGGAACGAUGGUCCACCCGGAGGACUGCAACAAGUACGUCAGCUGUCUGCUCGGGCGGGCCCGCGAGCGUUCCUGCCGGCCCGGGUUCGUGUUCUCCGAACGGCUGUUCGUGUGUCUGCCGGGCGAUCUGAACUCCUGCACGGUGACGCUGCUGCCGACGACGUCCACCAUCGCGCCGGAAGACAUUCGCCCGCUGCCGAGCGAUAUCUGCCGCCGGAACAGUGUGGCGUUCGGUGUGCUGCCGCAUCCGCAGUUCUGCACCAAGUACGUCACCUGCACGCUGUGGAUCCCGGCCGAGCGCGACUGUGACCGGUUCAAGGUGUUCAGCGAGCGGUUCUCCAUGUGCAUGAUCGGUGAUGUGAAUCGCUGCCGGCCGAUUCUGGGACGGGAAGCAGAGCUGGAGAUGCAAAACUACAACAAGUACGUCAGCUGUCUGCUCGGGCGGGCCCGCGAGCGUUCCUGCCGGCCCGGGUUCGUGUUCUCCGAACGGCUGUUCGUGUGUCUGCCGGGCGAUCUGAACUCCUGCACGGUGACGCUGCUGCCGACGACGUCCACCAUCGCGCCGGAAGACAUUCGCCCGCUGCCGAGCGAUAUCUGCCGCCGGAACAGUGUGGCGUUCGGUGUGCUGCCGCAUCCGCAGUUCUGCACCAAGUACGUCACCUGCACGCUGUGGAUCCCGGCCGAGCGCGACUGUGACCGGUUCAAGGUGUUCAGCGAGCGGUUCUCCAUGUGCAUGAUCGGUGAUGUGAAUCGCUGCCGGCCGAUUCUGGGACGGGAAGCAGAGCUGGAGAUGCAGUAGAGUGGAGCGGAAUGAAGGACUCUUAGCUACCUGUUUAGAAUGUAAUAAAUAUUGUUUCUGCUUAUUUUUGUACAUCAUUA